CUCAUUUUUUGAUUUUUGGAUUUGCUCAAAAUCCAAAUCGUUCUUCCCGUCAUUUUCUGGUGCUGUUUCGUAUAUCAUAAAAAUUUUUUUUAACCUAUCAGUCAUCGCUUCGUCUGAAUAGUGUAAAAUUAUUUUUUAGGAUUCUGCUCGGCUGUAAAAUAAAUAGUGAGUCCUUUUUUAAUCAGUCAAGUCGUCGCUUGAAUUGGAGAACAAGAUGGCGCAGCAGGACCAUCAUCAAACCUUCGCGGAGGCGAAAGCAAAGCGUCAGCUGAAGCGUCAGCAAACCGACGAAGCGAUGGAGCGUCUGCUGAAGGAGCCGAAGCUUUCCUGGGUCAAAGAAGACAAGCGCGUACUUAUUUCUCUAGAUUAUUCCGAAAAGAUGAAAUCAAGAAACUGCUUGUCAUUCAUUUCGAGUUAGCUAGCUUUGCCUCAUGUCGAUUCUCUUCACUGUGUCGGCCUGCAAGAUGCCUUCUCAUACCGCUUUCACCUUGCAAGGACUGUCUUCUUAUUUCGUCUCCCUCUCAUUCCCCUAACAGGAGCAUAAUAACCUGUGCCAAGCUCUCAGACGAUUGCUUAAAAACGUUAAGCACAGGAGGACUACGGUUAUUGCGCAGGUGGAGGCCCUAAUCGAUUCGAAGGCCCCGCCGGUCAGUGAUGACGAGAAAACAAUUCAAAACGCUUUCAAAAAGUUGGGAGUUCUUCUUCUCCAGCUUUUUCAGUGCAGCCACACCGCUUCGAUGCUCUCGGUGAUCUUCGACUACAAGGGCGCCACUUCUCCCGUUGAGUGGAGCCGGAUCCACGUACAGCACCUAGCAGCUUUGUCUCUGUAGAUGGUAGAUGUUGAGGUCAGUAUAUUAGCAGCGCAAGUUCUAGACUGUUCUCUCCUUGUGCAGGUGUGUCCCAAAUUUCUUAUCUUUCCUCGCUUUACCACAUGGACUUUCUUCACGUUAGCAGGUAGCAAGUUCCUCUCUUUCGACGAGCGUCGUCUCUUCUCCAUCACACGACCCAAAACGAACAGGCCUUCACGGCAGCGAAAUGUCGAGCGCUAACCGGAGCUGAGUAUGCGGGGCAAGUGAUUGAGAAGCUGAAGGAGCUGUCUGGAACUUUUCCGCAGCAGCGCAACGCUUUUGAGUCCCACGCUUCGGUCGCGUAUGUCCAAGGAGUCACAGCUGACAGGAAGAACCCUGAUAAAGGUCAGCGAUCGAAAACUCCAGCACUCCUGGAGAGUUGGUAAUAUUCUUAUCUUUAUUUAGAUACGUAGAUGCCCUUGGCGUAGUGUUCUUUCCAUCGGGAUGCCCGUUAGGGUCUGACUCUCGAUCCUAGUUAAAAUAUUUCGGGACUUCUGUUUAGUGGAGUGCUGCACUCGAUGUUCUUAACCAGUGGAGUUGUGCUUAUUUUUCAAUAGGGAACUCGUUCCGACUUGUCUCAUAAAACCUCCAUGCAGGAACUCCAAGCACUUGUCGCUUUUCGAUCCCGUAGCGCUACCCACGCUGACGAAAAUGCAAGUGUGCAUCGAGGAAAUCACUAAGGGCACGAAGACGAUCGACGACGUGAUCUCGCGCAUCACGAGUGCGCCGAACGGCCCGAUCCGCCCAGGUGCGCCGACCGAUACUGCUGGCUAUAAGCUCUGGUCGCCUCUGCGAGUGGUGCCACUUAUAUUCCCUUUUUGCUAGAGAAACUCUUCUUCUAAUUUGAAUUGGCUUGGAGGUGGUUGUGACUGCAUCGGGAUAGAAUUCUUUUUUUGCAUUCGACUACCAAAAACCGGCAUCGCUCGAGAGAGCUACUUGUUCUUGUCUCUUUCCAUCGCCUCGCUAUCUCCUUACUGCUCACCAACUACAGAUCCUUAUCAGCGCGCAGUCCGGCCAAAUGUUGGAAGUAUUUGAGACGAGUGUGAUGCUGAUUUUUAACAACCAGAUCCCGACUGCUUCGAAAGCUCUUCUGCUGGAGAAUGCGAAGAAGAUGAAGCAGACACACGACAAGGUCUUCCUGACGCGUUUUUUCGAUGCGGUUCCGGACUGUUCUUUGGACCGAGCUGCGGACAUGGUAACUCCAUGUGUUAGAUGGAUGGAUCUACUUUUUUGACCGCGGUCAUUUUUUUGGAUAGUAGCAGAGAUGUGGCUUACCUCUCCUGUUAGUGUAAAAGUCUAUUCUUUUUAGUGGCUCGAUUUCCGUCUUUUUAUGAUGUUCGGUUCUUCUAAUUUCUCACAAAAUCUAUCUUCGUUCAUUUUCCUAUCUUUUCCUUCGCAUUUUUCAAAUACCUCUCUCCCCCCUCCGCCUCAGAUCGAACCCGCCUUCCGCACCGGUCUUGGAAAUGUGGCGGCGUUUUUUGGACCUGACCUUCCCGAACACCUCAAGACUAUUGUGGAUACGCAGCGCAAGAUCUCGCAUGCCAUUGUAAGCCCAGGCCACACUAGCGCCUGCACCACGGCUGAGAUUGGUCGACGUGCUUCGACGGGUUACAUGGAGAUCAUCAAGACCAUGCUUCAAAGUGAGCAGGUCCGCGAGCACAGCAAGAUGGUCGACGUGUUGUCCGAUGUGACUAAGGUCCUCCAGACUGGAGAUGGCGACUGGCACGCGAGCCACGAGCCCUUCUUCCGCAAGUUUGAGGCGACGAAUGCCACUACCGUGAUCGAGUGCAUCGUGAAGCUGAUCCUCUUCUUGAAGCGCUUUAGCCAUGGCAAUGUUGCUCCAGGAGAUAUGGACCCGGCUACCGCGGCGAAGCUCCGUGAUGCUGUCACGAGUAAGCUGGAAGGCUCUGCGAAGAUGAAAGCGCCAGUUGAUGCGUACCUGGAGGCCUGGGUGUACUACAUGGAUCGAGCGGCUUUGAACCUGGUCAAGUCGCACAUCGCUGCGGGUAUUAGUAGCUGUUUUGUGCUAGUAAUGAUGCAUUAGUAGAGAGGUCCAUUUACUGCUUCCCGCCUUCUCUCACCGAGUAAGAGCUCCUUCUUCCUUGUUUCUCACGUUUUCACAUCUACCCAAAAAACAACCCAGGUGACCAAGACCUGGCUAUGGGAGCAUUCGGAGGAACUGACGACACCUGGCAUGACCUUUGCCCAAGUGUGCAGCACAGUAUCUCGGAGAAAAUCGACCAGAUGGGUCAAGCACCGCAGCAGCAGCAGGAGUCCUACGGUGAGACGAACAACGACUUCUGAGCGUGCCAAAAGGGGCCACGCUACAGAUGGUGAGAAAUGAUAGACGGCGUGCUGAUCGUCUCCAGUUUUUACGGAUUUUACUACUUGUUUAUUGGCUGGCGUGAAAAGGUUCCUCAUGUAUUCCAGCAUGUAGAUCGUGAUCUUGUAACUCCUGGUCGAAGUUCAUUAGUGUCGUAGUACUGCACUCGUGAAAUCUCGACUAGAUCUCCACCUUCAUAGUAUAAGUGAGUGACGUGAUUCGUGUUCUUUCUAUCCUUAGCCCAAUCUCAGCGAUGGCUGCCCAUUCGCCUUGUCGUCGAGCAAGACUGCAAGCCAGUGUUGUCGGGUAUGCAGGGCGUCCGAGUUCUGUUCGUUAAAGUCGUUGUUUCUAAGUUCGUUAAUAUUAUUACUAAUUUCUUUUCAUUUGUGACCGAUUUCUACAGCUAUGCAGAUUAUGCCACCACAAAGACUUUUUCAGUAGGGUCACGGCCUAGGUUCCAUGGUGUCUUAUUAUAGCAUAAACAAGAAAGAUUGCUUGAAUUCUUACGACCUUAAGCCGUGCAACUAUUAUGGAUCAUUUUCAAAGCAUUAAACCUUUAUCCCUUCAUAGUGUUAUCUUUGCGUUAUUUAUUUGGCAGCGAUAGAGCUACCAUAUUCUCCCUCUUGUGGGGUUUUCAUCAAUUAGGCUUCUCUAUAUCUAGUUUGUGUAAGAUCUAUACCUCCGGCCCACUGCUGUGGGAUUUCCAACCGGGUCACUUUAUCGGGGCAGCUGCGGCACCUCGUGUUUCAAAUAUCGAUGCAAUUUCGGACAGAGUAAGACACACAGGUCCCACGUAGCGAGGACCUGCGAAAGUCUUAGCAUCUUCGGAUCAUGUAGCGUCAACUGCUCCGGCACUUUGUACAUCAACGUGUGGGCGCCUCUUGUUUUCGCAAGUGCAGAAACAUCCAUCAUGAGGCUCCCAGUCGAGGAGUCUGACCAUGACAACUACGUACAGAAACCACCCCCCGCCACCUUUACAAUUUAAAUCAUGACAAAGUAACCCUACAUCAAAAAAAUAAUCAGAGUAAGGCAGUAUUGAAUAUAAGAACAUCGAGAACGGCAUGACAUGGAGUGAAUAGCCAACGACGCGAGGGCUUACGAGUGUAGUCGCUGCUGUUUCGGCUCGUUGUCGGAGCAGGCAGGUCGGUGGCGCUCUCGGUGGGCAUCUUCGUCUCACCCUUGUGCGAAGCUCUUUUAGAGAGCAGCUGCGGGCGCCUCGUUGAGAGAUCGCCAUGUCGUUGCUUUGAGGGAUCGCGCUGCGAGCAAUGCCAUCGAGGCUUCGGCGAGAGAUGAGGCCACUGAGAGACACAAAAAGGACAGAGAAAAAAGAAGCUCUGAAAUGUUGAGACUUAGACUUGGCCGGGAAGGCAGGCUUUGGCGCCUCGCUUAAUGUUCUGGAUUUCUUGCGUUAUUUGAUUAUCGUAGUAUCUCUCUGGCAGUUUUGGUUUGUGGUUGAUUAAUUGCUUAAAGUGAUGGCUUAUUGGUGGGCCUUUUUGACCAUAGUCAUUUCUAUGCCUCAAAGAACAUGCCUUCUCGUCGUCUCUUUGGUGGUCACGUGCCAACUUGUGCUGCCUGCUCGGCAGCUUGCCUCAGUAGAGGGAAUCGCGAUCAUGGCGUGGUCUGCCAUGUGGUUCGGGUCGAGGCGUCCUUGGCCUUGGUAUCUCGGAUUCUUGCGGGACGCCGACGUGUGCCAUCUUUGUGCGCCGGAACACGAAGCCGAGUGCUUGAUGGUGGUGACUGCGCGACGCUAGUUGGCCGUGUCCUUGCUGGCUGACUUCUUGUGGGGUGCGGCUGGAUGUCCAUCGAGUUGUGUAUCGUGCGGUGUCUGGCGUCUGAUGGAGUUCUGCUUCCUUCGGACCUCGCGAGCAGGUCCUUCUUUGCAGGUCUUUGCGACUUCUUCUGGCAGCGGCUCCUUGUCUUGGAUUCUCAAACUGCUUGGCAGAUUCUGCUACAACUGUUACUUCUCCGCUCUUUCUGAGCUGGCAAAAUAAGCAAUGCCUACCGCGCGAGCAAGUUCCUUCUGUGGUGCCGGUGUUCUCCUCUGCUUGCAGUCGGUUGGGAUAUUGGUAGGAAUGCUGAGGACAUCAGCUUAUGGAGAGAGCGAGCAGGUGCGAGAGAUAGAGCGAUCCGAGCAACAAAAAUUUUUUAAAAUCAAAAAAGUGCAAUCACCCGAGCGAGUCCUCUCCAAUAAAGGCGUGACGCCUUGGAUGAGUGUCGUUUCUUACACUUAGCACAAGUCUGGUCUUGUGUUUAAGUGACUCAAACAAGCAUCAUUGUGACCCACUACCAAUGCAUACUAAUUAUAUCGUUCCUCUUGAUGAGUUAGC